AUGAGGGACAUGACUGAGGAGUUGAUCCGCACAGCAAUGGGCAGAACCAAGGCGCACAUGAUUAAGGGGCUUGUGGACAAUGGCUCCGGGAAUUCCAAAGCCAUGAAGGAAAGCGAGGGCAAGGCAAUUGUGGCGGCCGAGUCUCUAGCCAAGGACUUGAGGCGUAAACUACGACCGCUGCCACAGAAUACCAUGGCAAAGAAACAGUUUCCACACUGGAACUGGCUUCCAUCAUCAACGUCUUCCGUAGUUAGCUCCUACAAGCCUGCUCAGGGUUAG